AUGGCGGGCGACAAACCGUCGGUGCUCAUCAUCGGCGGCUUGGGAUAUAUUGGUCGCUUCCUCGCUUUGCAUAUCCAGAAGAAUGCUCUUGCAUCCGAAGUAAGGGUAGUUGACAAGGUGCUGCCGCAGCUCGCAUGGCUAGCGCCAGAAUUCGAAGAAGCAUGUUCAGGAGAUAGAUUCAUGCAGGCGGACGCGACGAGAGAGCAAGCUUUAGCCAAGAUAUUCGACCGAGCCGAUGGCAAGCAAUGGGAUUACGUCUUCAACUGUGGCGGGGAGACGAGAUACUCUCAAGAGGACGAGGUAUACAAGUUGAGGUCGCUUAACUUGUCGUUGGCAGUAGGCAAAGAAGCCGCGAAGCGCAAAGUGAGGUGCUUCGUGGAAUUGAGCACAGGAAUGGUUUACAAGUCGGAUUCCGCGCCCAGCAAGGAGGGCGACAAGUUGAAGCCGUGGAGCAAGAUCGCUGUCUUCAAGCUAGAGGCUGAGCAGCAACUGGCCAAGAUUGAGGGGCUCAACCUUGUAAUCGUGAGGCUGGCGCACGUGUAUGGUCCCUUUGCUUCCCAGUGGGUCGCUACAGCUCUCUGCAUGGCACGUGUAUAUCAGCACUUGGAGGAUGAGAUGAAAUGGCUGUGGACGAAGGACCUACGUACGAAUACAGCACAUAUCGAUGACGUUACAAGGGCUCUUUGGGACGUUGCCAAGUGGUACGAUGACGGAAAGGCAAAUUGGGAUGCCAAAGAGAUGGGUGCCACUCCGACAUUCAACGUGGUUGAUGAGGGUGUUACGACGCAAGGUACCAUGGCCAACCUCAUCGGCGAGAUUUUCAGUAUCGAAACUGGCUUCCAGGGUACACUCAUCAGUUCUUUUGCAAGGUUGAACAUGGACAGCGUCGUGGACGACGUCAACGACCAAGUCCUAGGGCCAUGGGCAGAUCUGCAAACAGAUGCCGGCAUCACGAGGACGGGGCCGCUGACACCUUUCAUGGAAAAGGAACUGCUCAAGGACACUGAUCUCAGCAUGGACGGCUCGCGGCUGAAGAAGAUUGUUGGCUUUCAAUACCAGAAGCCCAAGAUCACCAAGGAACUGCUGGAAGAGGUCAUCGAAAGCUACAAGAAGAUGAAGUGGUGGCCAUGA